AUGAGGUGUAUAGUCCAAGGCACUUCAGAGAACUCUCAGGAGUGUUUCAGACUUUUGGAAGACAGCAGUGACAUGAAAAUUCCUGGUUUCUUUGGGGACUUGGGUUAUAAUGUUGUUUUGCUGGAACAGACAGGAGCCAGUGUUCGAGCAUUCACUCCGUUUUACUUUCUGGUGGAGCCAGUAGACACACUCUCAGUUAGAGGCUCUUCUGUUAUAUUAAACUGCUCGGCAUAUUCCGAGCCUUCUCCAACUAUCGAAUGGAAGAAAGAUGGAACUUUCUUAAACUUAAUAUCAGAUGAUCGCCGCCAGCUUCUCCCAGAUGGAUCCUUAUUCAUCAGCAGCGUGGUGCAUUCCAAACACAAUAAGCCCGAUGAAGGUUUCUACCAAUGUGUAGCCACUGUUGAUAAUCUUGGAACUAUUGUCAGCCGAACAGCCAAGCUCACAGUAGCAGGUCUCCCAAGAUUUACCAGCCAACCAGAACCUUCUUCAGUCUUUGUUGGAAACAGUGCAAUUCUGAAUUGUGAAGUUAAUGCAGAUUUGGUCCCAUUUGUUAGGUGGGAACAGAAUAGACAGCCCCUUCUUCUGGAUGACAGGAUUGUCAAACUUCCAAGUGGGACACUGGUUAUCAGCAAUGCGACUGAAGGAGAUGGGGGACUCUACCGCUGCGUUGUUGACAGUGGUGGGCCACCAAAGUUUAGUGAUGAAGCUGAAUUGAAAGUUCUUCAAGAUCCUGAGGAAAUUGUAGAUUUGGUAUUUGUGAUGCGACCAUCUUCUGUGAUCAAAGUCACUGGUCAGAGUGCAGUGUUGCCAUGUGUUGCCUCAGGACUUCCUGCUCCAGUCAUUAGAUGGAUGAAAAACGAAGAAGUGCUUGACACAGAAAGCUCUGAAAGGUUGGUCUUGCUAGCAGGAGGUAGUUUGGAGAUUGGUGACGUCACUGAGGAUGAUGCUGGGACUUACUUGUGUAUAGCUGAUAAUGGAAAUAAGACGGUCGAGGCUCAGGCGGAGCUUACUGUGCAAGUGCCACCUGAAUUCUUGAAACAACCUGCUAACAUAUAUGCUCAUGAAUCCAUGGAUAUUGUAUUUGAAUGUGAAGUCGCUGGGAAGCCAACUCCAACUGUGAAGUGGGUCAAGAAUGGGGAUGUGGUUAUCCCUAGUGAUUACUUUAAAAUUGUAAAGGAACAUGAUCUUCAAGUUUUGGGUCUGGUGAAGUCAGAUGAAGGGUUCUAUCAAUGCAUUGCUGAGAGUGAUGUCGGAAAUGCACAGGCUGGAGCCCAGCUGAUAAUUCUGGAGCAUGAUGUUGCCAUCCCAACAUUACCUCCCACCUCACUGACCAGUGCCACUACUGACCAUCUAGCACCAGCCACAACGGGACCGCUUCCUUCAGCUCCUCGAGACGUCGUGGCCUCCCUGGUCUCUACUCGCUUCAUUAAAUUGACAUGGCGUACACCUGCAUCAGAUCCUCAUGGAGACAAUCUCACCUAUUCUGUGUUCUACACCAAGGAAGGGGUUGCUCGGGAGCGUGUUGAGAAUACCAGUCAGCCAGGAGAGAUGCAGGUGACUAUUCAAAACUUAAUGCCAGCAACUGUGUACAUCUUCAGAGUUAUGGCUCAAAAUAAGCAUGGCUCUGGAGAGAGUUCAGCUCCUCUACGAGUGGAAACACAGCCUGAGGUUCAGCUCCCUGGCCCAGCACCUAAUAUCCGAGCUUAUGCAACGUCACCUACUUCUAUCACUGUCACAUGGGAAACGCCGUUAUCUGGCAACGGGGAAAUUCAAAAUUACAAAUUGUACUACAUGGAAAAAGGAACUGAUAAAGAACAGGAUGUUGAUGUUUCAAGUCACUCCUACACCAUUAAUGGACUGAAGAAAUACACAGAAUAUAGUUUCCGAGUGGUGGCCUACAAUAAACACGGUCCUGGAGUCUCUACACAAGAUGUUGCUGUUCGAACAUUAUCAGAUGUGCCCAGUGCUGCUCCUCAGAAUCUGUCCUUAGAAGUGAGAAAUUCAAAGAGUAUAGUGAUCCACUGGCAGCCCCCUUCCUCGGCCACACAAAAUGGGCAGAUUACUGGCUACAAGAUUCGAUAUCGAAAGGCCUCCCGAAAAAGCGAUGUCACUGAGACCUUGGUAACUGGGACACAGCUGUCCCAGCUGAUUGAAGGUCUUGAUCGGGGGACAGAGUAUAACUUCCGAGUAGCUGCUCUCACAGUCAACGGUACAGGUCCAGCAACUGAUUGGCUGUCUGCUGAAACUUUUGAAAGUGACCUAGAUGAAACUCGUGUUCCUGAAGUGCCCAGCUCCCUUCAUGUCCGUCCACUCGUCACUAGCAUUGUAGUGAGCUGGACGCCUCCAGAGAACCAGAACAUUGUGGUUCGAGGUUAUGCCAUCGGUUAUGGCAUUGGCAGCCCUCAUGCCCAGACCAUCAAAGUGGACUAUAAACAGCGUUAUUACACCAUCGAAAACUUGGAUCCAAGCUCUCAUUACGUGAUUACCUUGAAAGCAUUCAACAAUGUUGGUGAAGGCAUCCCCCUUUAUGAGAGUGCUGUGACCAGGCCUCACACAGUGCCAGAUCCCACUCCCAUGAUGCCACCAGUGGGAGUUCAGGCUUCCAUUCUGAGUCACGACACCAUAAGGAUUACCUGGGCAGACAACUCCCUGCCCAAACACCAGAAGAUUACAGACUCCCGCUACUACACAGUCCGAUGGAAGACCAACAUCCCAGCAAACACCAAGUACAAGAAUGCAAAUGCAACAACGUUAAGCUAUUUGGUUACUGGUUUAAAGCCAAAUACGCUGUAUGAGUUCUCUGUGAUGGUGACCAAAGGUAGAAGGUCAAGCACCUGGAGUAUGACAGCUCAUGGGGCUACCUUUGAAUUAGUUCCUACUUCUCCACCUAAGGAUGUGACAGUUGUGAGUAAGGAAGGAAAACCUAGAACCAUAAUAGUGAACUGGCAGCCUCCCUCUGAAGCUAACGGCAAGAUUACAGGUUACAUCAUCUAUUACAGCACAGAUGUCAAUGCAGAGAUACAUGACUGGGUUAUUGAACCUGUUGUGGGAAACAGACUGACUCACCAGAUUCAAGAGUUAACACUUGAUACACCAUACUACUUCAAAAUCCAGGCCCGGAACUCAAAGGGCAUGGGACCCAUGUCUGAGGCUGUACAGUUCAGAACACCAAAAGCCUUAGGAUCAGCAGGAAAAGGAAGCCGACUACCAGACCUAGGAUCUGACUACAAACCUCCAAUGAGUGGCAGCAACAGCCCUCAUGGGAGCCCCACCUCUCCUCUUGACAGUAACAUGCUGCUGGUCAUCAUUGUCUCCGUCGGCGUCAUCACCAUUGUGGUGGUUGUGAUCAUUGCUGUCUUUUGUACCCGGCGUACCACCUCCCACCAGAAGAAGAAACGAGCUGCGUGCAAGUCAGUGAACGGCUCCCAUAAGUACAAGGGCAACUGCAAAGACGUGAAGCCCCCAGACCUCUGGAUCCAUCACGAGAGACUAGAGUUAAAGCCUAUUGACAAGUCUCCAGACCCAAACCCUGUCAUGACUGAUACUCCAAUCCCUCGUAACUCUCAAGAUAUCACCCCAGUGGACAAUUCCAUGGAUAGCAAUAUCCAUCAAAGGCGGAACUCGUACAGAGGGCAUGAGUCAGAGGACAGCAUGUCUACACUGGCUGGAAGGAGGGGAAUGAGACCAAAAAUGAUGAUGCCUUUUGACUCUCAGCCACCUCAGCCUGUGAUUAGUGCCCAUCCCAUCCAUUCCCUCGAUAACCCUCACCAUCAUUUCCACUCCAGCAGCCUCGCCUCUCCAGCCCGCAGCCAUCUCUACCAUCCCAGCAGUCCAUGGCCCAUUGGCACAUCCAUGUCCCUUUCAGACAGGGCCAAUUCCACAGAAUCUGUUCGAAAUACCCCCAGCACGGACACCAUGCCAGCAUCCUCAUCUCAGACAUGCUGCACUGAUCAUCAGGAUCCUGAAGGUGCUACUAGCUCCUCUUACUUGGCCAGCUCCCAAGAGGAAGACUCAGGACAGAGUCUUCCCACAGCCCAUGUCCGUCCUUCCCACCCACUGAAGAGCUUCGCUGUGCCAGCAAUCCCACCCCCGGGACCUCCAAUCUAUGAUCCUGCACUGCCAAGCACACCAUUACUGUCCCAGCAAGCUCUGAACCAUCACAUUCACUCAGUGAAAACAGCCUCCAUCGGGACUUUAGGAAGGAGCCGGCCUCCUAUGCCAGUGGUUGUUCCGAGUGCCCCUGAAGUACAGGAGACCACCAGGAUGCUGGAAGACUCCGAGAGUAGCUAUGAACCAGAUGAGCUGACCAAAGAGAUGGCCCACCUGGAAGGACUAAUGAAGGACCUAAAUGCCAUCACAACAGCUUGAUGACCGUCACCUGGACAUGACUUCAAGUCUGAGUCUAGAUGUCUUGGAACUUAACCUUGAAAACAAGGAAUUGUACAGAGUACGAGAGGACAGCACUUGAGAGCAGGAGCCAGCAAACUAGCCAGUGGCUCCAUGUGGGGUUGGCUCUAGGCACAGCCACCUGCCUUCUCCUGGUCAGCCUGGAUUAAGCUUGUGUCGGGGCAGCUUCCCUUCGCCUGCUGAUAGCCUGCAGGACUGGGCACUAUGGGCCAAAAUUUUGUGUCCAGGGAAGAGGCAAGAAGUACGACCUGCCUUUGCUUUGUGGUCAGUGGCUGUGUCUUUGUGCUGCAUCUGCAUCGCUUUUAUGGAGUGUAGACGUUGGCAUUUAUGUACAAUUUUGUGUCUUAUUUUAUUUUACCUUAAAACACUAUGAGAAGCCAAGGGAGUCCGUGAUGUUCUCUGCAAGCAGUUGACACUUGACUGCUGGUUCCAGUUACUUACGGAAAGCAUCGUCAGUGAGGUUGUUUGACACCGUUGACAGGCACUGGCUUGUUGUGGGUUUCAUUUUUACUGUUAAUUCUGAGACAUUGCAUCCUCUGCCAGCUGUUAACCCAUCACCUUGAGGGGAGGACAUGCUGCAUUGCUGUUUGUAAGCUUUUUUAUUAUUUUUUUAUUAUAAUUAUUAAAGGCCUGACUUUCUCCUCUCAUCACUGUGAGAUUACAGAUCUAUUUGAAUGAAAUGUAACAUUGAAAAGACUUGUUUGUUGCUUUCUGUGCAGAUUCAGUAUUGGGGUGGGAUUGGGGAUUGGGAAUAGGAAAUGGAGGGGCUGCUGAGGCCCUGUGAAUGUUUCUGUCAAUAUACUUUGUUCCAGAAGCCUGCAGAGAAUGGAAGCAGCAUCUUUAGUGUCCUUUCCUGGCAUGUCCAUCUUCAUGUCACUGCAUAGCAACUGGAGUUUUGUUUGGAUCUGGUCAUAAAUUCUUGUACAACAGUUGGUUUUGAUGAUUUGGCUGCCCUGGUAUCUUGGUCAUUUCCUUUUUGGAGUGUCCACACUGAGGUCCCUAGUGAUGUAUGUUUAAUUGCUUGAGAGAUGCCAAGUAGAACCAGAGCCUGGUUCUGCUCUGAGAAGCUAGCAUGCACAGGGUGGAGACUCCCUUUGUGCUGCUAUUACUAGUUCUCUUGGGAAGGUUAAAAGCUAAGGUGGGCGCUUUUCCAAAUAGGACGCCUGCUUCUCUGGGAGCCAGUCCUCAGCCAGGCAGCCCUCACGUCCGCACUGCAGAGGCUCUCCUGAAAAAAUCAACCGGGAUGAGGCGAGAGGGUGUGGGGCCUGUGAGGCUUCCCCACAUGUUCCUGGGGACAAGGAGCAAAGGACAGAGAUAGCGGAGAAAGGGUCAGCGGAAGCAGGUGCCUUCUUCUAUCCCAGCAGCUCAGCCAAACCCCAGUUAGAAUGAGGCAGCAGGAGGUUCGAGGUGUGCUGAGGGCUCAGACACACACAGAAGACUUUGCAGAGUGUUACAGAGGUAAGCUGAGGUGUGUGUUUGGUGAUUUGGGUUUUUUUUUUUAAUAUUAAUGUAUAAUGAAAGGUAUAAGACUAGCCUUCAGGCAUCAUCUCCUCCAACAGAUCCCUGGAAGACAGUAUAGAAAGUAAAUCAGGCUUGGGCCCCUUAGCCAGUGAGACUACUCAGACCACCAGUGGCUCUCCUAGCCUACCUGUCGGUGAACAUGGGUUAUUUUACCCUUUUAACUUUCAACAAGAUGAGCUCUUUGUAUGAUUGUGGGUGGGGGGUUUGAAAAUGCAAUGAUCUAACGCCUGUUGCUCUUCUAGCUGGUCACAUGACAGCACCAGGCAGGGUUCUGGGACAACCAGUGUGCUUUGACUCCUACAGAAUGCUGUCAGAGCAUUCUGGCCUCCUGGAGGCUAGAUUCCUCAGAAACUGUCUAGCCUUUGCCCACAGAGCAUGCUUCCCAUGAACCCCAAGCACUUCUGUUACCUCAGGGCCUUGGUACCUGGAUACUGCCACAGAAUUUCGAUGGGGCGGGGAGGGGUGUAUUUUUAAAUAAAGUAACUUAAAAGUUGGGGGAUUUUUUUAAAAUUGAGAAAAUGCAAAGCUAUUCUGUAUUACACCACUUCACAAUUUAAUAUGUCUUAUAUUUUCCUGUGAUUCUGGAAACUAACCCAUUGUGUGUCUUGUCACGUCUUAGUUGAGCUGUGGCCCAGCAGCUCCCUUCAGGAGGGUGUGGAACAACUGUGUUUGUUUCCUUGCUGCCUGCUUGAGGGUCCGACGGACUGCUGGGACUGGGUUCUGUACACACUCGUUUGGCCUUUUCUGUAGUUGAUGCUGUAAAAUUCUAUGGCUUUUUUUAAAAAGUAAUUUCAUGUUUUUAUUUAGUAUUGGAAGUCCAAUACACUUUUUUAAUCCAAUCAAA